GGCAGUGUAGCAAGCUGAGAAUUAUGUGUAGCGAAAGAAAGAAAACGAGAGGAAUGCUGAAUUGCUGACAAGGAGAAGAACGAGGAAUUUUGUGUCUGAAAUACAUUACAUGAGAAGACUGAGUACUAUUUUUUGAAAGAGUCGGAAAAUUCGUCAAAAACAUUUGUUACGACUGUCCACGGAUAUCGUCAUUUUGAAGUUGCACAUUCAAAGAGGGAAUACCGAAAAGCCUGCCACCCAGACGACGCCAACCAAUUUAAAAAAAAAAAAAAAAAAAAAAGAGACCAGCAGAGCCAGACUUAAGUCUAGGACCCACCUAUCCGUGUUUUUUCUCUGCCUGAUCGAGCAUGUUGCCAGCCCUGUCCCUUUACUCCAUCAUCUGGCUGAACUGGGGGAUCAAGCUGGGGAAAGUGUCCCACGUCGCCAACACAGGCCAGCGCUAAAACCAGACCCCAGCUUUCAACUGCACAGGCUCGCUCGUCUAAGAGAUGCUUCUGAGCUUUGGCUAAUAACAUAGAGCUAAGCUUAACAGUAGUUCCACUUUACAACGCUGCAACCCUCUUUUGUUUCGCAUCUCCACCUUCUGUUGGUUGUUUUGAGUUUUCUCAUAUCGUGAUAUUUUUUGGGGGAGGGUUCUGAGCAUCCGUUCAUCCUCUGGAAAUGGCCGCCGAUGGAUUCCAGUACCGUUCACUCUACGCCUACCACAAAGACUGGGAAGAUGACAUUGACCUGCAACCUGGUGACAUUUUGAUCGUUAACAAGGCGUCUCUGCUGGCCUUGGGCGUGAAAGAGGGAGAUGAAGAGCAUCCAGAGCGAAUCGGUUGGAUGUUGGGUUUCAACGAGCGUACCAAGCAGAAGGGCGAUUUCCCAGGGACGUACGUGCAGUACGUGGGGCCUGUGAAGAUGUCCAUGCCGUCCAGCCAGCCACGUUCCCAGAGACCUCUUCCAGCUGCUCCCAGACCAGAGCCAUCUGCCUCACUGCAAGCCUUUUCUGUUGUGGAAUUAUCUGAGCAGUCGACACACCCAGAUAUUGCUCCGCCCCUUCUCAUUAAGUUGGUCGAGACAAUUGAAAGGACAGGUCUAGACUGUAAGACACUGUACAGGACAGGCCCUCCUUCAGCAUCUGACAGUCAAAGGCAUAGUCUCAAUGAGCUGGAGCUGGACAUGGGACAGAGGGACAUUCAUGUGCUCUCAGAGGCUCUGAUUUGCUACCUGCAGGAACUUCCUGCCCCCAUCAUUCCCCCCUCUGUUUAUCCAGACCUACGGGCUGCAGUGCAACAAGAAGCGGACAUUCCCGUGAUAGAGAGGAGAGAGCGGCUGUUACAGGUUCUGGAGGGCCCCGGUAUGCCUCUGCAAAACCUUCUGACUUUGCAGUACCUGCUAAGACACCUGGAAAAGGUCUGCCAGUGCUCGGAACGCAACGACCUCGACCAUCACACUCUGGGCCAGAUCUUUGGGCCCCUGCUUAUUAGGGCACCUCGGACCGGGUUGGAGUUAGACGAAGAUUUCCCAGCAGUGGCAGUUGAGAGACUUCUGUUGGAGAGAAUCUGGGAACAAGAGCCAACACCCCCAGCUCUUCCACCUAAACCGCCGAAAGCUAAAGCCAUGACUACGGCUCUCAGCAAUGGCAACAGCUUACUGAGUGAUGCCGAGUGGUACUGGGGGGAUAUAUCAAGAGAGGAAGUGAAUGAGAAAAUGCGCGACACACCAGAUGGUACGUUCUUGGUCCGUGAUGCAUCGAGCAAAGUACAAGGAGAAUACACACUGACCCUCAGGAAAGGAGGUAAUAACAAACUGAUUAAGAUUUUCCACCGAGGAGGAAAGUACGGCUUUUCUGAGCCUCUCACAUUUCACUCUGUGGUGGAGCUCAUCAACCACUACCGGCAUGAGUCACUGGCCCAGUACAACGCCAAACUGGACUCUCGCCUGCUGUUUCCCGUGUCCAAAUACCAACAGGAUCAGUUGGUGAAGGAGGACAGUAUCGAAGCAGUGGGGGAACAGCUGAAGGUGUAUCAUGAGCAGUAUCAGGAGAAGAGCCGCGAGUACGAUAUGCUCUAUGAGGAGUACACCCGCACUUCACAGGAGCUCCAGAUGAAACGAACAGCCAUAGAGGCCUUCAACGAAACCAUUAAGAUCUUCGAAGAGCAAUGUGAGACGCAGGAGCGCUACAGCAGAGAGAGUAUCGAGAAAUUUCGCCGUGAAGGAAACGAAAAGGAAAUCGAGAGAAUCCAGAGCAACUCAGAGAAGCUUAAGUCCAGGGUGACUGAGAUUCACGACAGUAAGAGGAAGUUGGAGCAGGACCUGAAGAGACAGGCCUCUGACAAUCGAGAGAUAGACAAAAAGAUGAACAGCCUGAAACCAGACCUCAUGCAGCUGAGGAAACUGAGGGACCAAUAUCUCGUAUGGCUGACACAAAAGGGCACCAGGCAGAGGAAGAUCAACGAGUGGCUCGGCAUAAAGAAUGAGGCAGAAGACUUCUACUCUUUGCUGGACGAGGACGAUGAGCAGCCUCACCAGGACGAGUGCACUUGGUAUGUCGGGGACAUCGUGCGCACCAAGGCAGAGGAGCUCCUGAGAGGCAAACGCGACGGCACUUUCCUCAUCCGUGAGAGCCAGACUCAGAAGGGCUCCUUCGCCUGCUCUGUAGUUGUGGACGGAGAGACAAAGCAUUGUGUAAUUUACAAGACAGCCACAGGUUAUGGAUUUGCUGAGCCCUACAACCUAUAUGGAUCUCUGAAAGACUUGGUCCUUCAUUACAAACACACUUCCCUGGUCCAACACAACGACUCACUGAAUGUAACCCUUGCCUACCCAGUCCUUGCCCAGCAACCCAGAUGAGGCCUAAGCUACAAAAACCUUGACGAGACCUAUAUAAAAGCCUGGCAAAGCACAGUAUAUAAAGAACAAAGUAUAGUAACUGCAAAUCUUUUAUGUUUAAUCGUAGAAAACAGAUAAGCACACAAGUAUAUGAACAUACGUGAGAAUAAAUGUAAGGCUUUUUAAGUAAGCCUAUAUAUUUUUUUUCCAUAUCACGCAGAAGCAGCAGCAAUAAUCUUAGUAAGGUUGUGGCUAAAGUACUAAGUAUUAGUCAUUAUAAAAAAAAAAAAAAGAAAACAACAAAACAAAAAAAGCUGGUAGGUCACACAGUCACUGAAGUGGUGUCAUCUGUCCACCAAAGAAGCCAGCUCCAGGUCGCAGACCCUCUGUAUUUAGAGAGGAGUAUUUUCAAAUAUGGCAGAUUCCAUAAAAAAAAAAAAAAAAGCUUGUACUAGUGCCAUAAUGCUAAAUAUGACUGAGGCUACUUCAUGCCUAUUUUGGUUUAGGAAACUUGGGUGUGGAUGGGGAGGAGAUUGGGAUCUGGAAGCUAGGGUGUCAUGCUAUAGUUGAUGGAAGUAACUGGUGAAAAAAAAAAAAAAAGAACAUCUUUAUAGCUAUAUGCAUCGUUAUGUCACUACUGUGGGUUGUUGUUCUACAUGUUUUUUGUUUGUUUCUACAGACAGUAGGAAUAGAUUCCUUUUUUUGUGAGCUUUCUUCUUAAAGAUGUGAAAGAAUGAUAACAGUUUUUGAUCCUUAGUAGUUGAGAGAGACUGCAACUAUCUCAACUAAUAAUUUGCUUUUCCUUUAAUGCUAGUAUGCUAAUAGUCAUUAUCAAAGAAAUAGCUAAUGUC